UUUGGACUAUCCGCUUCAAGAUUUUAAAAACCAUCAGUGGUAAACAGAGAGUGCACAUUUAAGGAAGGGUGCUGGCAAACGAGGCCACCAUCGUUUGCGUCUUUAAUUUGUUUGUGGAUUUCUUGUCACCGACUACUCCUUUCGAGCCCGUCCUCCCCAUACUUCCCCCCUUGAGAGAGAAAUAGAGAGGCAGGGAAGAAGCUGUUUCUGGAUCAUCAUCUUCGUUAAUCAUCACCGGCAUCAAUGGAGAAGCACAAGUGCAAGAUAUGCAACAGGCGUUUCUCGAACGGCAGAGCAUUGGGGGGUCACAUGAGGUCUCACAUGGCGAAACUCCCAAUUCCUCCCAAGACCCAGAAGCCCGAUGAACCCAGAGACCCCUCGGACACGCCUCCGUCCGAGCUCUCUUUCAUGGCGGAUUCUGUUUCUGCAGUUCACGACAGGGAGAGCGAGGCAGAGUCGUCCCGCACCCCCGCCCAGAAGCGCCCCAAAUGGGCUCAUAGAUCGGCUGAGCAGGGGAGCUCUGUUUCCGACACAACCCCUGAAGAAGAAGUUGCUCUCUGUCUCAUGAUGCUCUCCAGAGACAAAUGGACAAUCCCGAUGAAAGAACAGGAAGAAGAAGAGGAAGAAGAGGAAGAAGAUGAGGAAGAAGAAGAGGAAGAGAAGCCCAAGAUGGGAUUUAAAGAUGAGAACUUUAGCAGGAAGCAGAGCACAAAAGCAAGGAGCACAGCCAUGUACAGAUGCAAUACAUGUAAGAAGCUGUUCAGAUCUUAUCAGGCACUGGGGGGUCACAGGGCAAGCCACAAGAAGAUCAGGGUUCAGUCCAUUGGCGAAGAGGCUGGGCCAAGUGGGUUUGGUGAAAAUGGCAAUAACAAUUCUAUGGAUCACAGAACCUUUGAAUGUUCAUUCUGCUUCAAGGUUUUUGACUCAGGCCAAGCUUUGGGUGGGCACAAGAAAGUUCACUUCUCCAAUGCAGCCACUGCAAGUAGUUCAGCCAGGACUGUUCCAAAGAUCAUAGAUCUCAAUUUGCCUGCUCCUCAGGAUGAUGAUGAUAUAAGCCACAUCGAGCUUUCUGCAGUCUCGGAUGCAGCCAUGCAUCACCCGUUGAUCAUAUGAGCAGCAAUUAUCAAAUCGCAGGAGUGAAAAGUUCAAGUUUUUUCGUGAUAAUUUAGAGGUAUGCCUUCAAUUUUUGUGUAUAUCCAAUCCAAUCCAAUCCAAUCCAAUCCAAUCUGGUGUGAGAUUGCUUCAUAGAUCAAAGUUUUAGCAACUUGGGAUAAGUGGUUUAUGUUAAUUUGCUCUCUAUCUCCAUCGUGAUCAUGACCAUGACUAUGACCGUGACCAUGACCAUAUCUUCUUCUUGCUGUUGUUGUUCUUCAUUUUGUUUAUUCUCCUAGUAAUGCUUGCCAGAAAUCCAUGACUCUGCAAUGGCCAAUAGCCAUAGUCAAUGGCUCUUAAAGACUGCAAUUAGAGGCUGAUUUAGUGCAUCCAUUAAUGGAGAUAAAAAAGGGAAUGGUCGUGAAUUCUAAAAUAUUAUUUUAAUGCACCCAUUUACUCUCGUUAAAGAUUAA